AUGUACGAAUGUCUCAGCACCAGCCUCACCUUAUUUAUCGACUGGAUACAACAUCUUGCUCCCAUCUCUGAUAGCCCGUCCUUUGCUAGCAAAAGCUUUGCGCCGGCCACCUUUGUAGCAAUCUUCCCCCGCGCGCCCCGUCCUGCCCCUCGUUCGAUCGGCACUGCUUGACGGGUCUGCGCUGCUUCUUCUGCAAGAUAUCCUGAUACACCUUUGGCUGAGCGAGAGAGGCUCCUGGAUCGCCCUGAGCUUCGACAUGUACGAAUAGAGUUGCCCGUACCAGCUGCUGCCGUCCGAGCCUACCUUAGCCUCCUUGCCUCCUCGAGAAGGGGAUUCCGCACGGUAAGGCCAAGAUGCUAGGGUUCAAGUCACUCAAAAAGAAAGCGUCUAAGUCCAGUGUCAAGAACGUGGCCGCGGCCGCAACCCAAGUUCAGAUCCAAGCUCACGCUCACGCAAACGUGCACGGCGGUGGCCAGAUCUAUCACAUCGGCCGUGAUGCAGAAACAGAUAUCGUGUCCUCGGAUCGGUUGAUGCCGUCGCAGCGUCCAGCCGCAGCCCAGCAGCCGGGUUGCGUCGAUGAGGAGAGUGCGCCCAGUGCUGUCGCAGGCACGGGCACAAAAGUCCGGGCGGCGGUAGCACAAGUGCAGGCGUCGCGCCUGGUCGGCGCACAGGUACAGCCCACCAGCACACCUGCUCCACGCCAGCAAUGUGCAGCAGCAACAGCAAAAGUCGCGCCUCGGACGCCGCAGAUGGCCAUUAUCACGCUGACCGAUGACGCGCCAUCGUUCUCGCUAAGGGACGGCAGCGCAAAAAGACUCAUGCGCCGUUUGAGCAGGCAGAACAUGGUGUUCAAGAAGCAUGGCAAGGACAAGUCGGGUGCUGCGGCCAAAGCCAGCCCGGCACAGCGAUCCCCUUUGCUGCAUGCCGCGCCGAUGGUUCAGCAAAAUAUCGCCAGCCAAGUCGCUUCGCUGCACGACAGCGACAAUGACAGUUCCAUCCCGUCCAUCGCCAUCUGCCCGUCCCCGCCGGUCUGCUCGCCGCUUGCAGAGCACGUGCGAGCACUCGACGAGGCGCAGUACGACAGCAGCGGCAGUGCUACCAGCAAUGAAAGUAGCUUCAUUGUCCCCGUCACCUUCACUGCGAAGCACGCCUUGCUUGACGCAGACGACGCAGCUGCCUGCUCCCCUCAUCGCGCUGCCGGCAGCCGUGUCGCUCAGGGCGAGUCACCCGGAGACUUGCCCCACUGCGCACCACCGAUCGACGUCGGCGACGGGGACGAAGCUGCUACGCCCUCCCAUGUGUUCGCACCGCCGCAAGUAACAGUCGUGGAGCGCGAUGACCAGGCGGUCGCGUGGAUCACGCACUCCACUCCACCGCUCAGCCCGGAUCUCAGCUACUCUUCCUAUGUCCAUACCCAUUCUCACUCGCAGUGCCAUCCACAUCCGCAUCAUCAAGAGCAGGGACGACGCACGCUGGAGAGGCGCGACUCCGAUGAGACAGAGCACGAGGCCCGCACGCCCCACGAUGGCGGCUGUCUCCCGCUCCCUCCCGUGUGCGACAGCGCCAGCGAGACCGCCAUGGACGACUCGGCAAUCGCGUUGGUGCAUGGCGAGACGCUCCGUGCAGGACCAGAAGAUGCCUGCCUCUCACCAAGCCGCAUCCAUGGACUCGGCCUUCAGCUGCACGCAGAGCCGAUCAUCGAUGCUGCCCUUACUCGGCGAGAACGCAAAGCCGGAGAGCAGCACACCUUGCCGUUAGAACUGCCUUUCAAUGCGUCAGAACCACAAGCCAUGCUCCAAGGGCUGGAACCGCACGUCACCCCUUCUCAGCCUUCGGCUGACUCGUGCGUUACCGCAGGAGAAGCAGCGGGGGCUCGGGCGCACACGCGCUCCCGUUCCCGCUCUCAUUCGCACCGCUACCAGCAACACGAUAGCAAGUUCAGCGAAUGCAGCAUCGUGACCACAUCGUCCUCUUCGCCCUUUGCAGGCUCCACAGUCGCGUCGACGACGGGUGCAGAUGGUGGACAAGGAGGAGUAUGCAGCAGCAGCAUAGUGAGCAUGAGCAGCAUGUCUCUUGCUCGCAUGCGCGCAGACUUCCCCAGCCCGCCCGAUCGCGCGUGCAUGGCGGUCAAUGCGCUCAUCCACAACGUCGCUGCUGUUGCAAGUGCAGGUGCAACCGCAAGUGCAGGUGCUGCUUGUGAACUUGCAAAUUCAAGGGAUGGUAUGGACACGCUGCCAUUGCAGGCACAGUACGAGCAUGUGUGCCGGACACAAACGCAAGCACAUGCCCAGAUGCAGCAGGUGGAGGAAGCGCAGAUGCAGAUCCAUCAUGCCUACCGCGAGGCCUUCAACCGCAAAGGCUAUGAAUGCCAAAAGGUGCACACCUUUCAUCUUGCCGAAAUUUCGGAGGCUAGCACCAUCGCUUCCAGGCGGAAAGCCAGCCUGCCGACUUCUGAUCAAGAUGAUACUGCGUCCGCCGCCGCCGAGGCCACGCCUACGCAGGCUCAGGGAAAAUUUGAUCGCGCGAACUGCCUUGUGGCAGGCUCUGGUGCUCCCUCAGCGGCAGCAGCAGCGAACGGCAUCUUGUCCCCCUUUGAGCAGCUGCGAAUCGGCCUUGCGGCUUACUCCUUUGCCGACUCUGAAGCGGACGCUACUGCCAAACGGCAGAAGAGCCCGAGCUGGCUCUUGUCUUCGCCGAAGGAGCCCAAACGUUCUGCAACCAAAGGCUCAGUGCCGUCUUCGAUGGGCUACCGCUCCACGCCGUCCUUCACGGAGCAGCAGAGUGGCACUCGGUUAUCGCUGCGCUACUUGCGCAAUGGGAAGCCCUUACACAUAUCAACUGGCACCCGCUCGCCUUCGGCCGCAGCUUUAAACAGAAUCUCUGCUUCCAUGGCUGGCUGGGCAGACAAGACGGGCAACAAGGGCUAUCGCUCUGCCAACAGCCCCACCACUUUUCCCCAGACGGCGCACUUUGCUAGUGAUGCGAUCGCAGGGCCAGCUCGCGCACUCCAAGACAUCACACAGAUGACCGAUGCCCUUGCGCAUGUUCCUCGGCUGCCUUCUUCGGCCCCUCGCUGCGCCCACCCACCCGAGAUGGCAUGCAUGGUCCAGGGCGGCUGUGGUCUCGCCUCUGCUUUCCAGCCCAUCCGCUUCCAGCCCGUCCGCCGCGACUCUGACGCAGAGAGCGUCGCGCCGUCUUUUCAAAUUAGCAAGAAGACCUUCCUGGGCGGAAUCCGCCGCAGCAAGAGCACACCGUCGCUAGCUAAAGCCGCUCGUAAGCUUAGCCCACGGUGGGAACGGGAUGAUGUACGGCCACCUCCGCUUUGCCUUCCGACAACGGAUGGUGAACGAGCAGUCGUGGAAACGCAAGGCGGCUUCUUUCCGCCGCCCCCGUCGGCAGAGAUGGACACGAAACCAGCAAACGGGAGCACAUCGUGUCAUCUGCUGCGCAGCACGGCUUCGCUCUCUGCCAUGCGCGAAUUCGCAAAGCGCACCGCAUCUGGCGGUAAAUCGCGCUCUGCCAGUCCGACCGGCUCGCUAGGCAGCCUUGAGAGCUUUGUGGCCCUCAGCCCCGCUGUCCUGGAUGCCGCGGACACGUCGCUGUCCGCAGACACGCUGCCAGACCUCAGCUGGGGCGACGUCCUCAUGCAGGCGUCGCAGGACCUGCACAGCACUGAUACGAAGUGCCACGAAUGGCGUAGUAAAAUCCCCAUCCGUGCGUCACCUGAUACAUUGGUCUCUCAGUCUGCUUACAUCGCUAAGAAUGAAUGCAAGGACAUGAGCGCUUCACCGCUCCCAAGUCCCGGCUUUAACUUUUCGCGGCCCAUCUCAAGGAGACCCUCUAGACAAUUCGAGUGACCUCAUCAAGUAUUUCGUAUCAAACCCUGCCUCUACCUCUACCUCCACCUGCUCCUGCUCCUGCAUCUCCACCCCAUGCCCGUCCGUCACAUUCGCAUUCGCAUUAGUACUCGCAUCGCAAGCACCAAUACCUCUGUCGCAGGUCGACAUAUCACCUGCUCACACGCACCACUACAUAUGUCGCUCGCAUAGUUUCCCUGCAUUAUUGUCACAUCAGCCUCACGCUCCUCAGUAAUUCACUUACCGCGCCGCAUUUUUCGUCAACCCCCACGUGUACCUCACCACCAUUGUCAUUCUUCCGCUACUACCAUCAUACACGCGAAUAAUGCCUUUCUCCUGCCCGUGUCAUCCCCAAAUCAGACGUCACUUCUGAGCGGUCGAAGGUUGGCUCCUUGUGCGAUCCAAAGGAGCAAGAGAUUCCGCAAUCUAU